AAACAAAACAGAAAUCAUUUUUCUCUCUCUGACUCAGCUCAGUUAGGUUUGUUUAGUGAAGUGUUUGAAAGCUAAGAGCCUUUAGAAGUUCAGAAUUUUGGAUUUUGAUUGUUAUGGAUGGAUGGUUGAAGGGAGUUUAUAGUUUCGUCGGUCCGGUCGGCCGAGUCGGACUAAAUGACCGUUCGGUGUUGGCCUUACCAGUUCAGGAUUUCGAUAACCGGUUGAAGAAUGGAAACGGUGUUGAUGUCUCUCCUAUGGAACCUGUUCCGACCCUGGGAAAUGUUGUGCCUUCCUCGAGUGGGAUCGAGGAGGGAGAUUCGCAGGAGGAUUACGACUUUAGCGACGAGGUUCUGAAGUACAUUAAUCAGAUGCUAAUGGAAGAAGAUAUGGGGGAUAAGACAUGUAUGUUUAAAGAGUCCUCAGCAGCACUUCAGGCUGCCGAGAAGUCGUUUUACGAGGUUCUCGGGGAAACGUAUCCGCCUUCUGCUGGAUACAAAUUGAAGCGUUUUGCUGAUCAAAACCGAGAAGGCUCCGAUGGAAGUCAUGAUCAAAGUUGCUCAAGUUGUAGUAGUGCAAGCAUUAGUGGUUUUAGUAGCAGCAAUGUAGUCAAUCCCGGGCACAACCAUGAUUUCGGUGAGCAAAGGUCUUUAAACAUCUCAUCCCAGGCCAGUUCAACUCAUAGUUCAGCGAAUAAUACUGGUAGUGUGGUAGAUGGCAUUGCCGAUUCUCUGGUGAGUACUUUAAGGAUUCCGGAAAUAUUUAGCGAUAGUGAGUCGGCCAUACAAUUUAGAAAGGGGUUUGAGGAAGCAAGCAAGUUCCUUCCGAAUGGUGGGAGCCUGUUUGUUCGCAUUGAGAACGACAGAUUGUUACCCAAAGAGCUGAAGGAAGAGGCUAAAGAUGUUGUAGAGAAGGUGGAGAAGAUUGAGAUCUCUCGGGAUGGAUCGAGGGGAAAGAAGAACCCUUAUUCGGAGGAUUCAAGUUUGCAGAGUGGCAGGAGUUACAAGCAGUCUUUAGUGUGUACUGAAUCAUCUGUAAGCCCGGAAAUGUUCGAUAACGUGCUACUAAAUUGUGAAAGCGUAACCGAUCUUCAAAAAGUUUUGCAAGAUGAAACGAGCAAGAAUGCGCAGCAGAACGGACUAGCGAAAGGUUCUAACAGUGGAAAGGGUCGUGGGAAGAAACACAGAGGUAAAAGGACCAUGGUGGAUCUAAGAACUCUUUUAACCCUCUGUGCACAAGCCGUUGCAACUGAUGAUCGGAGGAAUGCAAAUGAGCUGAUGAAGCAAAUCAGGCAGCAUUCUUCACCUAUGGGUGAUGGGAUGCAGAGGGUGGCUCACUAUUUCGUCGAUGGCCUUGAGGCACGGUUAGCUGGUUCUGGAACACGGAUUUACACUGCCCUUAUCACGAAGCCGACUUCGGCUGCUGAUGUUUUGAAAGCUUACCAUCUGUUUCUUGCUGCCUGUCCUUUUAGAAAGCUUUCUAAUUUCUUCUCGAAUAAAACGAUAAUGAAUCUAGCAGAAUCUGCAGCUAGGCUUCAUAUUAUUGAUUUUGGCAUUCUAUAUGGCUUCCAAUGGCCUUGCCUUAUACGACGUCUCUCAUCUAGACCUGGAGGACCGCCUAAGCUAAGGAUUACAGGGAUUGAUUUUCCACAACCGGGCUUCCGCCCGGCAGAAAGGGUUGCAGAGACGGGGCGCCGUCUUGCAAACUACGCAAAGACUUUCAAAGUUCCAUUCGAGUUCCAUGCUAUUGCACAGAAAUGGGACACCGUUCAAAUCGAGAACCUCGGUAUUGACCGUGAUGAGGUGGUUGUCGUAAACUGCAUGUACAGGCUUAGAAAUGUACUCGAUGAGACUGUGGUUGUCGAGAGUCCGAGGAAUAAAGUUCUCAACUUGAUCAGGAAGAUGAAUCCUGAUGUUUUCAUACUGGGAGUUGUGAAUGGUGCCUACACCGCUCCGUUCUUUAUCACGAGAUUCAGGGAGGCUCUCUUCCACUAUUCUACUUUAUUCGAUAUGCUCGAAACUAACGUGCCUCCCGAAAUUCCGGAAAGGAUGCUGAUCGAGAGAGAGAUAUUCGGGUGGGAGGCAAUGAAUGUCAUCGCAUGCGAGGGAGCCGAAAGGAUCGAGAGGCCCGAGACUUACAAGCUGUGGCAGAUGAGGAAUACAAGGGCCGGUCUCAGGCAGUUGCCAUUGAAUGAAGAGAUCAUGAAGACAGCAAAGGAGAGGGUGGAUACAUACUACCACAAGGACUUUGUAAUCGACGAGGAUAACCGCUGGUUGAUUCAAGGAUGGAAGGGUCGAACCGUUUAUGCACUCUCGACUUGGGUUCCUGCCUCUUUGCAUUCGGAUGGCAGCGAUCGGUAGUUACGAUUUAAUGGACUGGAAAUUGAUAUUGUUUACAAAGAAUGGUAUUAUAAAUUGAUCCAUUUAGUCCCCUCUAUAAGGGAUUGUGCCGAUUUACAGGGGCUAAUUUUUUAA